AUGGUAUACAUGUGCAACUUAUUAUUAUUAUUUUUUGUUUCAGCACAGGGAAUAUCCAAUGAGUACACUGGUUCAAUUCAAAGACCUCAUCAUAACGUGGAUUUAAAAAAAAAUCACAUCAAAAUAGCGGCUCAUCAAUGGAUUUACAUACAGAUUACUAUGACGAAUUGGAAAUGUCCCUUGUCCAUCAGAGCUUCGACGUCAUUGAUGAAGCGUUCCCCAUAUUCGAUGAUACUAUUUAGUAUUUCAUCUGCGAAACCAUUUAAUUCCAUUAUCUCAAAUGAUAGGACGUCAUCUGCGGGCGAAAGUCAACUCGCCGCUGAGGAUCAUUGA